AUGGCUCCAACCGUCAUCGUUGGCCUCAUCCUCGGCUGUGCUCUCCUCGGAGGCUACACCAGUAUGUUCACGUCGUAUAAACACGGCUUUUUCGAUGCCAUACGUGUUUGCAAUGCUGGUGAAAAGGCAUGUGUUCUGGACAUGACAGACUCGGUGUCGAGACGCAUUACAGGUUCUGAGCAAGUCGUCGCCAUGAUCAAUCUUCUUCUUGAGUUCUUCUCUCAAGGACUGAGAAAGAGUCCUGAUGCCGAGGGUAUGGAUCUUGAGGCUUUGGUUGCUUUUGUGUAUCUUGCUGCUCAAUUUGGCGGUGCUUGGUAUUUGGUCGCUCUGGAAGGGUUGAGAUUUGGGAACAGAGGGACGAUACUGAGUUGGACGGGCACCUUCGGCAUAGUGUUCCAAGCAGUUACAAUCACCAUCAUCGCGCCAGUCUACCUGACUCUCCAACUCUUACUAUCCCCUUCAAAUCCGCGCCAGGCGCACUUACUCGUCGAUCCAGCCGAUCUCAACUUCCUACCCGUUGCGACGAUUAUAUCCUACGUCCUUCCGACUAUCGGGCUUUGCCUGCCGCUGGUGUUUGACCUUUCGAGAGAGGCAAAGUUCAUCGCGGUUGCGCUAUGGCAGCCUUUUCCGCUUUAUCAAUCGGCACUGCAGAGUUUGUGGCGACAGUUCACACGUGGUGAAGGCGAUAAGGGACAUGUAGAUCUGAGGCAUACAACGGCUCUGAAUCGGGCGUACAUGUUCAUUACUACAUUGACAGUGAGCGUUCACUUCAUCGUGAUGGGAACUAUCGCUGCGUCUUGGGUGGGUUUGGUGCAGCCUUUGUCGGCACACCAUAUUCUCGCCCUGACCUCGAUUGCAGAUCCUCCAACGAUGGUCCUCUUUGCCCCACCUGUUUCAGCGAUGGAGUCAAGAGAGAUUGUGGUCUCUUUCUUGCGCUGGGAUGUUUACUGCACGUGUCUUUCCAUGAUCAUAUGGUCGGGCUAUCAACUCUAUGCUACAAGGAGAUCGCCCAGUGCUGUGGCUAUAGUUGUCAAGGUCAUACUAUUCACAUUGGUUGGAGGUCCGAUCUUCCCAGCGUUGAUGUUGCUUUGGCAGAGGGACGAUAUCGUGAUGGGCGGACGGGAGGCGGCUACGAUGAAGAAGCACAAUUGA